UUCCCUACAGGAGUUGUUCACCAGAACACUUCUCAUUUCUGUAGGUCUGAGCUUGGUUGUAGAGAAAUUAAAAUGGCAGUCACUAUAUGCCAGGUGAUGGGGUUUGUGCUGGGAGUUUUGGGGGUAAUAGGAGCCAUUGUAGCAACUGCAUUGGACCAGUGGAGCACAGAGGACCUUUUUGACAAUCCUGUAACAUCAGUCUAUAGCUACUGGGGCCUAUGGAGAUCCUGUGUCAGACAGAGUUCUGGCUUCACAGAGUGUCGCCCGUACUUUACAAUUCUUGGGUUGCCAGGUCUCUUCCAAGCUGUGAGAGCCUUGAUGAUAGUUGGAGUUGUUCUUGCAGGAAUAGCAGCCCUUAUAGCCAUUUUUGCUUUGAAGUGUAUUAAAAUGGGUGGUAUGGAAGACACAGUCAAGGCUAACUUGACACUAACAUCUGGAAUCAUGUUUAUUCUCUCAGGCAUUUGUACAAUUGCUGGAGUUUCAGUCUUCGCUAAUUUCGUUGUGAGCAGUUUUAUGAUGACCACCUUCAGCACUACAGAAUUUGGAGGAAUGGGCUCAAUGGCAGGAAUGGGAAUUGGAGGAAUUGGGGCACCACUAACUCCUAGGUACACUUUUGGACCUGCCCUUUUUGUAGGCUGGGUGGCAGGGGGCAUCUUAACAGUGGGUGGAGUUAUGAUGUGUGUGGCUUGUAAGGGACUUCAACCUGAAAAAUCUCAGUUCCAUGCAGUGUCUUAUAAAGCUCCCUCCCAUAAUACAAUCUACAAAUCAGAGGACAGACAAAGACAAAUUUACAAUGACUCCUACAAGGCUCGUAGUGAAGAUGGCAGGAGAUCAAACAUGAAAUAUGACUAUGUUUGAGCCUUUCAGUAUCCAUUAUUAAACUUAUGAAAAUUUAUACUAAUAGCAGUAAGUGUAAAUUGGCAUUUGUUGUUCAAGAGAAAACUUUGAUAAUUGCUAGAUAAUGGAGGAAAAAGAUUACAUUACCAUCUCAAAUCAUAACAGAAUACUAUCAUGUUUUAGCGAGCAGUGAAAAAUUGCGAAAUAUGUCAAAGGAGUUUUUUUUUGUUACAUUUUACAUUUACACAUUUAAUUCUGUUGUCGGUCUACCUUUCACCAAUAUCUAUUACUUUCUGUACAAAACAGUAAAAUAUACAUUUUAUGUCAUAG